UUAAAUAUUUAUGAUGUAGUCAAUAUCUUAAUAUAUACGGAAGAAGCAUCAGCAACCAAAGUUUCCAAUUUUUGACAAUUUCACCGUGAUUUCAAAUCAAAAUGCCGGUCAAUGCAUACCGGGGUUCAUUCCCCACGUUGUCCGCCAUGGUUAAAAGAGAAGAUGAAAACAGAAGAGCUAGUAUGAGAGCAGAAGCAAAAUUAACUCAAGAAUUUUUACAACCAGGGGGAAUUGAUGGAGCAAAAAAACAUAGUUUAUCAGUCCACAGACGAGAGCGUGAGCAAGUGCGACAAGAACUUGAGAAUAUAAAAUCAUCGUUCAAUAGAAAUAGCAUAAUUAUGAUGCAAAAUCCAGAUAACAUGAAAUAUCUGAAUCCUCAACUUGCUGAAGAUUUGGAAGAACAAGAAUUUAUAAAUGCGCAGAAUCAACAAAACAAUCGGAGAAGUGGGAUCCCAAAAAAUUACGGUCGUAAUUAUUUCGGAUACAAGAGUCAACCAGGAAGCAAUCAACCUCAGUUCCAACAUAUGAAAGCAAUAAAGGACAAAUACAGCCAUGUCAAAAAUUACUACGAAUAUAAAGGACCAAAAAUGAUGGAUAAAAAAACUCGAGAAAAAUUGUCAAAACAAAAACAAGAAAAUAUGAGCGUGCAAGAGAGAGUGAAAUCAUUUUCUCUUCCGGAGAAACCAAGAAACGCACAAAUAGUUGGUUACCAAGCACUAUCAGAUGACACAAAUAAAACGGCAGUGAAGCAAACAAAUGAUGAAGAAAUUCAAAAGCCAUCCAUAGUUACAGAAGAGCAUAAACGCGAAGAAACUCAGGUAUUGGUUGCUGGUCUUGCUCGGGCAAAAAAAUCAUCUAAGAACACAACAACAGAAGUUGGAAACUCUGCAGAAGAAAAACCGUCGCGAGAAAGCUACACUCUUCCAGGUUUAAGAGAAGAUGAAGUAGGAGAAAUUUCUCUUCCACCAUCAGCAACGCCAUCUCGAAGAAUGAGUCGCAUCCGACCUUCCUCGCCUGUGGGAUCAUAUCGUAACUUCGAUUCGGGUUCAGUGAUAGGCUCAACAAUGUCUCUCCCGCCUUACAGAACUUCGAAACCUAAAACUGCGCUUGAUCUCGUAUUUGAUGCGGAUACCUACGCUCCAGAUGGAAGGUUACGGACUGUUCACUGUUUACCAAACGUUGACAAAGCUUACAAAGAAGCAAGACAAGCAAGAUACGUCAGAACUAAAUACAAAAGGGAAAUCGACAGAGAACUUACUGUCAGCGAAAUAUUUAGACGAUAAACAGUGUCUGCAAACAACAACACCACGCUAAUAAGCCAUAUAUUAUAUAUUUUCUAUAUCUGUCACCAUUUAUAGCUUUCUUUGCGACAUGAACAAUAUAGCUAUACGAGGAGGGCCAUAUAUAUAAUAAUCAGCCACACCUGUAAGCCAAAUUUAAAUUUCACAAUGACACAGAACCUUCAGAUUAGUUCGAGACGUUGAGAUCCUUUUUAAAUUCAAUUUUUAAUAUGAUUAGAUUAUACAACCACGAUUGUUUGAGAUGAGUAUUAUUGAUAGUAUGCUAUAAUAUUCUCAAUAAUGGGGAUGGAGUAUGGGAGUUGAAAUAUCA